AUGGAUGUAGUGAACACCAUGAUGGAACAUGGGCCGGCGCCCUCUAGUCCGCUCCAACCACCACCAUUCCACACUUUUAAACCUCAACCACAAGCAACAACGGGCAAUGUUGGAAUAUUGAAAUCAACUAUUCUCCCCUCAUUCAGACUCUAUUCAGGUCUAUCACUGGCAGCCUUCGUGGCAGCUAAAGUGACCGACCGCGUGGAAGUUAAGGACUGGCUAUGGCCGUCAAGCCAAGUUCUCAAUGUAUGGUGGAGUGCCGUCGGGCGACAAAUGUACGAAAAGGGCAUCCCGCUUAGUACUGCCUGGGGCAAGCUUAGCUGGACCGAGAAACUUCUUCUUGGAUCGGUCACCCUGUGGGGUGUGAGACUGUUUACCCACAUCGCGUGCCGGUCUUUGGCUCGUGGGAAAGAUGAUCCACGCUACGAGGCAUGCAAGACAGAGUCCGGGUUUUGGACAACGGCACUAUUCAAGAUCUUCCUCCCAGAAGCCUUUUUCUUGAGUAUUAUCUCAUUGCCCUUCACCUUACCGUUCCACUCGAGUGGGUCAGCUAUUUCGCCUAGUGUGAAUUGUUUAAAUAUGACCCGAGCUUUCGGUGCUGGGUUAUUCAGCGCUGGUUUCGCACUGGAGGUGAUGUCCGAUACUCAACUCGAGCUUCAUCGUCAAGAACGCACUGAUCUUUGUCAAGAUGGCGUUCGGAGCCUCGUUCGUCAUCCAAACUACCUGGGGGAUACUCUCGUUCAUCUGUCGUUUGCUGUUCUGAACCUUGCAAACUCCUCUAAUCCACUUUUCUUCGUUGGACCCCUCACCAAUUACAUAUUCCUUCGCUUUGUCGGCGGCGAUAAACAAACUGAGGCUAGUCAAGAAGAGAGGUAUCAAGCUACUGACACGCAAAAGCUUACCCAGUUUCGAGACUGGCAACGUGAGAAGAACAGCCUCUGGCCAUCAUUAGGAGAUCUGAUAAGCCCAUGGGCAUUAGCUGUUUACAGUUGUGGAUUGAUGGGGGCUUUCGCAGAAGAGAUAGUGAGGACUAGUUACAAUGCGUGA